AUGGGCCUCAACCUAGCAACUCUCUUUUUUACAGCUGCCGCAGUCUAUCUCCUGGCUAGGCUGAUUACUCUCUUGCUCUCCCCACUCAACAGAUUCCCCGGCCCAUGGUACGCCAAGUUCACCGGCCUCCCAGGCACGAUCGCCACGCUGUCCCGCCGCCAAGCUCAGUACUACCACCGGCUUCACGAGACUUAUGGCCCCUUUGUCAGGGUGUCCCCCAACCAGAUCUUCGUCUCGGACCUCGAGGCCUUCAAAAAGAUCCACAAAGUCGGGAGCAGCUUCCUGAAAUCGGACACGUACCGCUUUUUCGCGCCAGCAGGGCCCGGGGAGCCGCCCUAUGGGCUCUUCGCCAUGACGGACAAGGAGGACCACGCACAACGGAGGAAGCUGCUGGCGAGGGGCUUCACGACGACAUCCCUUCGGAACGACUGGGAAGACAUCGUCCGGGACAAGAUUGCGGACACGAUCAGAGGCAUACAGAGAGACGCAGCAGCCGAGGGCGGGGAGGUCGACAUAAUGAAGUGGUGGAUGCUCAUGACCUCCGACACCAUCUCACGGCUGAUGUUUGGGGAGUCUUUCGACGGCCUCAAGACUGGAGAGGAGGACCCUUGGUUUGGCCACCUAAAGUCCGCCAACACCGCCGUCUUCUCAGCCAUGUCUUUCCCCACGCUGUACGCCAUGGUCAAGCGACUGCCGGUCGUGGGCGGUCUCUGGAUAUUCCAUGCCCAUGAACCCAUCCUCGACAAAGGGCGAAUCGCCGUCGAGAACAGCAAGAACUCGAGCGAGGCGAACACCAGCCUCUUCUCCAAGGUGAUGGAGCAGGCCGGGGAGGACGAGAAGGGCCUCAGCGACCUCGAAAUCUGCGUCGAGGCGGCGGCGUUCAUGGUGGGCGGCACGGACACGACAUCCAACACCCUGACGUACCUCGUAUGGGCGGUCCUGUCGAGGGACGAGCUGCGAGAAAGCCUCGAGCGGGAACUUGCCGCCGUGGAGGAGCCUCUGACGGAUGCGUCGCUGGAGGCUCUCCCCAUUCUCACUGCCGUCAUCGAGGAGACUCUGCGGCUCCAUGGCGCCGCGCCGACCCCGCUCCCUCGGGUUGUUCCGGACGGGGGCGUGGAGCUCGGAGGACGCUUCGUACCCGCCGGCGCCGUGGUUGCGACCCAGGCCUGGACUCUGCACAGAGACCCGACGAUAUUCGACGACCCGGAAACGUUCGACCACACGCGCUGGCUUCCGGGCGGUCCGGUUGCGCGGUCCGCGACUGCGAAGGCUGCUUUCACGCCGUUCGGUGCAGGAUCCCGUGGGUGUAUCGGGAGGCACCUCGCAUACAUGGAGCUGCGCUUCGGGGCGGCUAUGUUCUUCCGGACCUUUAGGGGUGCAAAGCUGGCUGCUUCGACGACCCCGGAGAGCAUGGAAAUGGCCAACCUUGCCGUGGUCGAGCCGGAGGCCAAGGCCUGCAGGGUAGUACUGCCUGGUUUUUGA